GACCACCAUGACAUCUGAAACUCCUUUCCAAAUCGAUAUCCCCGACGAGAAAUUGACUAUCCUCCGUGCUAAACUUGAACUUGCUAGUUUCCCGAAUGAAUUGGAGGAUGCCAGGUGGAAGUAUGGUGCACCUCUGGCGGACAUAAAGCGGCUCACAGAGAGGUGGAAAAACUCGUACAACUGGCGCAAAUAUGAAAAAGAAAUCAACGAGCAAUUGCCAAUGUUCACAUGCGAUAUUGACGUGGAUGGUUUUGGCGUGCUGAAUAUUCAUUAUGUUCACAAGAAGAGCGAAACUGUUGAUGCUAUUCCGCUGUUGUUUUGCCACGGAUGGCCUGGAAGCUUCUUGGAAGUUGGGAAGAUUUUGCCCUUCCUGACUUCAUCGGCCCCUGAACAUCCUAGCUUUCAUGUUGUGGUGCUUAGUUUGCCUGGUUUUGGCUUUUCGGAGGCUCCCCACAAACAAGGCUUUGCUAUUGAUCAGUAUGCUGAGGUAGCUCACAAACUCAUGCUCGCUCUCAGGUACAACGAGUAUGUUACCCAUGGAGGUGACUGGGGUAGCCUUAUUACCAGGAGAAUGGCUUCUGUGUAUGGUGGGAGGCAUCUCAAGGCAUGGCAUACCAACUCUCCACUUCCCAAACCACCGAGCUGGAGAUUGCCCCUGUUUUUCUUGUCUUUCUUGCUAACGCCAUGGUCUACAGAAGAAAAAGCAGGCAUCGAACGUACCACAUGGUUCCAAACCAAAGGACAAGGCUACUACCACGAACAGAGCACCCAGCCGCAGACACUCGGUUACAUGUUGACAUGGAUCUCAUUGUACUGGUUCUCCCGCAACGGACCCGCUGCCUCCCUUCGCAUUUACUUUGAAUUGCGUAGCAAUUGCGAGGAUCUAGGCCAAAGUCCUACUAUUCCUAUGGGAGCAUCGUUUUUCCCGAAGGAACUUAUAGUUUUGCCCACAGUGUGGCUGUGCAAGUCGCACAACGUUGUUUUUGAGUCCCAUCAUAAGACAGGAGGCCAUUUUGCUGCCACUGAAGUCCCGGAAGAGCUUGCUCAAGAUAUAUGGAAGAUGUUUGUGAAGGGGGGCCCUGCAUUCGCAAUUGUCCCCGGAAGAACUGGAUAUGCUUGAACAACCAGCAUUCCUCGCAUUUGGAAUGAACAUUGAGUGAAAGUGUACAAAUAUCCAAUGUAAUUU